CUCUAUGGAAACUCAGUAAACCAAGUAAGCUGAUCUGAAAAAGUAAUUGGUAAAAUCGCAACAACACAAAUCACCUUUGGCUAACUUCAUUUUGCCUGCACGAAAAUUUCACCGAAAAUGGCUGGUGGUGGGCGCACAGCCGGCAAAUACGGCUAUUCCGACAACAGUUACUACAGCAGUCACUCGUAUAAAAGCAUUAACGAUGAAAUCAUUUGGGUGAGCAUCGGCAUGGGCGUCACCAUAAUUGUUCUAAUAACAAUAGCGCUAUGUUACAUCGCUUGGGAGAAGUGCCACAAGAAACGUGAAUACUACAUAACAGCAUAACGUGGCAUAGCACGCACAGCGCUACACUUCCUAAAAAUGGCGUGUUUUUAUAACAAAUUGCCAGCAUUUAUGGGUACACAUACAAUGAAACCAUACAGAUACAUACAUAUAAUAUUUACUUGAAAUGGAAUUCAAGUUGCAACAACGUAACCAAAACUAUUUGCAAUGUACAAGCGAAUGCGUUACGGUACAACAUUAUGAAUGGCGAAGGAAAGAACACUAAAUAAGUAGCGGAAACGGAAGAGAGAAGAGUAGAAAAAAUGACAAAAGAGCUGCGAAGCGGAUAACACUGUACAGCAACCGAAAUCAGUUCGAAUUUUAUUAAUAUUUCCAAUAGCAAAACUCUCAAUACAUAUUCAAAAUUAGCUGGAUUUCUUUUUACGGUCACCCAAAGUUUUAUGUUUUGAUGUAAGUUAUUUAAAAAAAAAAAAACAUGCAAAAAAUGAUUGAGUAAAUAUCUGUGUGAAAGGAAAAGUUAAAGCUACAAUUAAAAGAAAAAAAAAAUUGGAGAAAAAUACAUAAAAGCUUCACUGGUAUGCACUAAAGGGUUAAGCUGCUGUAGAAAAAAUAUUCUCUUAGUUUGGCUUUUUGUAGACAAUGUCCUUUGCGAAGUGCAUAAAGAUCCCCGGAAGAUAGAAGUAAAGAUGUUAUCCAUAAAUAUGCAACAUCCCUUGUUUAUAACCCUAAGUCUCUUUUUAAAAAUAAAAGACUAAAUCGUAUAAAAUACGCUCAGUCAAAUUUCGUUUAUUUCUUAUGCUAAACCACUAGAAUACCAAUGUCUGUUCAUGUUAGAAAUGCACCAGGGUGCGCCCGAUAUAACCCUUUAAGUUUUGGACGGGAGCCUCAGUAUUUUCUCUAUAUUAGUUGCACAGUUCAUACCCCACAAUUAAGAGUCAUGCGUCGCAAAUGUCUCUAUAACUACGUUGGCAUCCUGUUUUAGACGUAUGUGU